GGAAGUAACAGGCGGAAGCAGCCUCAGCGGAAGCGGUCUGUUCUGUCAAGGGAGGAAAAAUUAGCAGAAUUUUGAGACAAAGCGGUCGAUCUCAUCACUUAGCUUCAUUUCGCCAUUUCCCCCCUUUUCCUCGACACCGGCGCUCCACUGCGAUGAUUCUGUUAGAAAUCAAUAACCGCAUUAUAGAGGAGACGUUGGCGCUGAAGUUCGACGGCGCAUCAAACGGAAACAAGCCAGAGGCCGUCGAUGUGACGUUUGCAGAUUUUGAUGGCGUCCUGUACCACAUUUCCAACCCCAAUGGGGACAAGACUAAAGUGAUGGUCAGCAUCUCCCUGAAGUUCUACAAGGAGCUGCAGGAGCAUGGAGCUGACGAGCUGCUCAAGAGAGUCUAUGGGAACUUCCUGGUCUCAUCAGAGGCUGGCUACAACGUGUCCCUCCUGUACGACCUGGACGUGUUACCAGCCAACAAAGAAGAGGUCGUCCACCAGGCGGGGAUCCUCAAGAGGAACUGCUUCGCCUCUGUGUUCGAGAAGUACUUCAAGUACCAGGAGGAGGGAAUAGAGGCAGAGAGGAGGGCUGUGGUCAACUACAGAGACGACGAGACCAUGUACGUGGAGGCCAAGAAAGACAGAGUGACCGUCGUGUUCAGCACGGUGUUCAAAGACGACGAUGACGUCAUCAUCGGCAAAGUCUUCAUGCAGGAGUUUAAAGAGGGUCGGCGAGCCAGCCACGCGGCCCCUCAGGUGCUGUUCAGCCACCGGGAGCCGCCGCUGGAGCUGAAGGACACGGACGCCGCUGUCGGAGACAACAUCGGAUACAUCACUUUCGUCCUCUUCCCACGUCACACCAACGCCAAUGCCAGAGACAACACCAUCAACCUCAUCCACACCUUCAGGGACUACCUGCACUACCAUAUAAAGUGCUCCAAGGCUUACAUUCACACACGCAUGAGGGCCAAGACGUCAGACUUCCUCAAGGUGCUGAACCGCGCCCGACCCGACGCUGAGAAGAAGGAGAUGAAGACCAUCUCUGGAAAGACCUUCACCCGCUGAGGCUGACCCCGCCCCAUCACAGGAAUUCCCUUGUGGACACGCCCACCCCAAAACAUGCCGCAUUGAGACUCAACGCCACAUCGGAGGAUCGGGGACUCCAGGAUGCCUCAAGAACCCCCUCGCCCCCCCCAUCAUAAAGUUCACUUUUUGUUUUUUUUUUUAAUGAAUGCUAAUAUUGGCUCCACUUAGAAAAAGCCAAGGCUGAAGAAACCUGGAAAUCAAAGGGCAUUCCUUGCUUUGGAUAGUUAAAGAGAAUUAUAAGUCCUAUAUAAAUAUAUA